AUGGUCUUGCAGCGGCUGGAAAAACUUGGAGUUAGAGGUGCUGAGCUCACGGGCUCCCCUACUGUUGUCGAACAAGUUAUUCCUGAUGAACUCCAUCCAAAUAUCACCCAGGUCAUUCCACGCCUCACAGAAGGUGGUGCCUUUGUCAAACUAUCUCAUGGUCCUGAAACAUCAGGCUCAGACAUUAUCAAGGCCAUUACCCAGCAUUUAUAUGAGAAUCCUGUAAAGCCGUGGUUUAGCCUCUUCAGCCCUGCCAGCGCUGCCCUUGUACGUGGGCGUCCUUGGGUGGAGGACCUAUCAUACCGGUUUCCAAGCUCAAGAGUCAAGGUUGAAUUCCUGCCUGUAUCGCUGGAUGCUCCGGCUGCAGAACUUACACAGGAAAACCUCUACUCGCUUGCCAGGACAUACGGCAAAUUGACCGACAUUAUUCCUCAGCCCGCAGACUCAAAAGUCGUACCAAGAUAUGCUUUGCUUGACUUUUCUAAUCCAGUAAGCGCCGUGAUGGCAAAAAACUGCCUUCACGGGUUCAAGGUUCCUUCAGGCGAUAUUGGAGGCAAGGCUGGAACUAUCCUGCAGUUUAGCUACGAGCGGAAGAUCAAGGCACAUUGGAUAAGAGACUGGUUAUUUAGCCAUCCGCGAAUUGUGCUUCCCAUCCUUGUCGCCAUCUUAGCUGGGAUCACUGUCGCCAUUUUUGAUCCCAUAAGGACGUUCUUCAUUAGAUUGAAAAUAUCUCCUCCACUGCAGUUCCAGGAUAAUAGGCUAUGGAUGUGGCUUCAGAGACAGGCAACUAAAGCAAACUCUCUAUUUUCUCUUCACCGGGGCCAAUAUGAGUCGAAAGGCCUUAACGAAAUCUGGGAAGAAAGGAAAGAAGACGCCCAGCAAAUUCAGAAUUGGCUUGUGGAAGGGAACGAUACCUUUAUUGUUGUACAUGGGCCCCGAGGCUUAGGAAAGAAAGAAUUUGUUUUGGACGAGGCGCUUAAAAAUUACAAGAACAAACUGGUCAUCGACUGCAAACCUAUCCAAGAAGCUCCAGGAGACAGUACCAUGAUAGCCGCUGCCGCUGCUGAGGUUGGGUACAGACCAGUAUUCUCCUGGAUGAACAGCAUUAGCAGUGUGAUUGACGUUGCAACUCAAAGCGCCAUUGGUACAAAGGCCGGAUUGUCCGAGACUCUGGACACACAGCUCGGUAACAUAUUGCAAAACACUGCUAAGGCCCUGAAAAAAGUUGCUUUGGACGGGAGAAAAAAGGGGGAUAAAGAUGGUCACUUGAGUGAUGAUGAAUGGUUAGAGGCAAACCCUGCUCGUCGGCCAGUUGUUAUCAUUGAUAAUUUCCUACAUAAAAGCAAAGACAACCAGAUGGUAUACGACAAACUUGCAGAAUGGGCAGCUGCAUUGAUAUAUACCAAUAUUGCACACGUUGUCUUCCUCACGUCAGACCUUUCCUAUUCUAAGACAUUAAGUCAGGCCUUACCGAAUCAGGUUUUCCAUCAGGUGUCAUUCACUGAUUGCAAACCUGAAGUGGCUAAACGGUUCGUGUUAAGCCAUGUGUCCGGUAAUGAGGAUUCUAAAGGCUUGGACUAUUCCGAUGAAAAAUUUAACCAGGAGCUCACCGAAUGUAUCAAACGGCUCGGAGGCCGUUUAACAGACCUUGAAUUUUUCGCUCGCAUGAUUGCUAGAGGCCUGACCCCAAAUAAUGCCGUUCAACAGAUAGUACAUCAGUCUGCUGCGGAAAUCCUUAAGAUAUUUAUCACAGAAGUUGAUCCAAGUUCCCGUGGCUGGACCCCGGAACAAGCAUGGUACUUAAUCAAAAACUUAGGAACAGCCAAGGCCCAAGCAGGAAACCAGAGCGACUCAGAUGCAAAUGGGGAAGCUAGCAUUCGAUACAGCGAUAUAAUUUUGUCGGACCUGUUCAAAAAGGAUGGCGAGGCUACCCUUCGUGCGCUUGAGAAAGCAGAACUAAUCUCUGUCAUUUCAAAGAACGGACGUCCUUCAAUUAUCAAGCCUGGGAAACCAGUGCUAGCGGCUGCCUUCCGCCAGUUAGUUGAAGAUAAGGUUCUUAGUAGCAGGCUCGAUCUAAGAAUUCUCGGCCAAAUGAUCACAAUACAGAACCAGGCAAUUAAUAAGAUUGAAGAAGAGCUAAAAGUUCUAGGGUCUUUCCCAAAAGAGCCUAGCGAAGCGAGGAGAAGAAUUAAAUGGUUGCUAGCUAACUUGGCUCUAAACCAGGCAAAAAUUGAUCAAUAUGAGAUGGAGAGCGCACAGUUAAAGCUUGUUCUGAAAACCGAGUUUUAA